AUGCCAGCCUCCAUGCCAGAGGCAGACAGGAGGCACAGAGCCUCAGCAGCAUUUUCUCUGAGUUUCCUCUCUUUAGUCUUCUCUAUCACAGCUUUCAGCAGCAGUUACUGGUGUGAAGGGACGAGGAAAGUUGCCAAACCCUUCUGCAAAGGGGACAGCAAAGGGGAUCUGUGCAUCCGCUUCAACAGCCCCGACGGCAACAGCAGCCAGGCUGUGCAGUACAUCUGGGAGACAGGGGAUGACAAGUUUGUGGAGAAGAAGUUCCAUGCUGGCAUCUGGUAUUCCUGUGAAGAAAUGAUCAAUGAAGAAGGUGAGAAAUGUAGAAGCUUUAUCAGUCUGACUCCAGCUUCUGACCGAGGGGUUUUAUGGCUGUCUAUUGUAGCAGAGCUUCUCUACGUGGUUUUGCUCCUGACUGGGAACAUUCUCAUGUCAGUAGAAAUAUGCUACUACAGCUCUGUCAUUGAUGGGCUGAAGAUCAACGCCUUCUCUGCAGUGGUCACUGUGUUAGCAGGUCUUCUGGGCAUGGUUGCUCACAUGAUGUACACAACUGUAUUUCAAAUGACUGUAAAUCUUGGUCCUGAAGACUGGAGACCUCACACUUGGGAUUAUGGCUGGUCCUAUGGCCUUGCAUGGACCUCCUUCGCUUGCUGCAUGGCUGCAGCUGUCACCACUAUUAACAAAUACACAAAAACUAUCUUGGAAUUCAAGCACAGAAGAAAAAAGCUGGAAAGGAGCUUUAGGAUUCAGUACAGGUUUCCUGACCACACAGCUCCAGAGAAGGUUUGCAAUGUGUAUGUGAACUCUUUCCAAAACACCACAGAUGACCCCACACAUGCAUUAAGAAGUCUGCGUCACCUGGCCACGAUUUCAGUCCUGUAA